AUGACGAGUGACGAUCAGUUCUUUUUCGACUACCUGGCCUCCAUCCCUCAUGACGUAAGGCGAUACUCGCUGGAAGUCGCCAACUCGAUUGACCGACAUGUCGACCAUGCUGCUCGAGUAAUCCGCGACACCCUUUCCGAUCAAUCAUGGCUCCCAGCUACCGUGCGGCCGCUGCCGCCGCCCCGACCGAGUCUUCGUUCUUCGCAGUCUCUCACGGAUCGUGUGCAGGACUGGAUGGCCCGCAACCGCGCGUGGACGGCGGCCAUCCUCGCAUUCGUUGGAACCGGUUCCUUCCUCUACCUCAGCAAUAAGAAACUUGGUGGGAAACGAAGAAGAGCAAGAAGAGCGGGGAACGGAGCUCGAAAGGAAAUAGUGGUCGUUGCUGGAUCGCCACACGAACCCAUGACCAAGGCCGUCGCUACGGAUCUCGAGCGUCGGGGGUAUAUCGUAUACAUCACCGUCUCAUCGGCAGAGGAGGAGCAUAUCGUCCAGUCGGAGAACCGGAUGGACUUGCGGCCCCUCUGGGUUGACCUGACAGCGACCCCUUCAACGCCGUCGGAGAUACACCCGUCUCUGACCGAGAUCCAUUCCUUGAUCACCCAACCACAGUGGCCGAUGCCCGGCGUGCCACCACACACCUGCCAGCUGAGCGGCGUGAUCCUGGUCCCUUCACCGAAUUACGUGACCGGUCCUGUCGCUACCAUCCCUUCCUCGUCCUGGGCCGAUACCGUCAACACUCGACUACUGUCCCCGAUCCUGACUACGCAACUACUCCUGCCCCUCCUCACGCUCCGCAACACCAGCAGCACCGUCGUCUUUAUGUACCCGUCAAUCUCGUCCUCUCUCUCCGCCCCAUUCGCCAGUCCCGAGGUCACCACGGCGCGCGCGCUCUCCGGGUUCGCCACGUCGCUGCGACGGGAGCUCCACCUGCUGCAGCAGAGCAACAUUGACGUGGUCGAAUUGCGACUAGGCAAUAUUGAUCUGGGGCCGCAGUACCGCCACGCGCAGAGCCACAUCACGGGAACGGAGGUGCUGGCGUGGAGCGCACAGCAGCGGACGCUGUACGGACCGCAGUACCUGUCCAGCAUUGAGCAGCGGCCGGUUGCGUCCGCGGGUCCGAGUACGAUCCGUGGAUCGCCGGCGCGGACGCUCCAUUUUGCAGUAAUGGAUGCGCUGGAGCCAGCGUCGAGGGACCUGUUUGGUCGAAGACGGGCCAAGUCGCCGGUGGUGUACGUCGGACGAGGGGCGCGCACCUACAGUGUGAUCGGGCAGUGGGUUCCCGCUGGACUGGUAGGAUGGAUGUUGGGGAUGCGCAGUGGGCCGACGACGAUGGAGAGCGCAAGUGGGAGCAGCAGCGAGACGAGUUGGGAAAAGGUUUAA